AUACCCUAAGUUUGACACCUUUCAUAAAUCACAUUAUUGUCAAUUCAAUUGUCACUUGUCACAUUUAUCUUGUCUGUGUCUGUCAGUCAGUUAAGAGCUAAAGGGUGUCGAAUUUAAUAAAAUAGAAAAAUGAACCACACAAGGCAACUGUUUGCUCUUGGUAGAGCUAUUAACAACCAAGUUGUAAGAAAUGCAUCCGUUGAUGUAGGACCUAGGACCGCCAGGCUAAAGGAACUUCAAAAGAAAUUACAGGUUGACGAUGGAGUACCAGUCCACUUAAAAGGCGGUGUUAAAGAUAAACUCCUUUACCAAUUUACUCUCCUUUUAACAGUUGUUGGUUUAGGUAUGUCUGCCGAAGCCAUUUACAGAAUUAUGACUGGCAAGAAAUAAACAUCCAUGUGUUACUUAGUUUAAAUAGUACCUUUAUAUAAUAUAAUUUACUUCAGAAAUAAAUGUAAUUAAUAAAA